CUCACUUCACGCCAUCCCCCUCCUAGCUUCUGUCAUCUCCAUCGCAAUGGCGCUCUUCUUCAAGAGACUCGCUAAGGCCGCCCCAGUCGCAUUCACCAAUGCCUUUGGUGGUCAACCCAAGUCCGGUGCACGCAAUUUCCGUAUACCCUUUGGAGCAAUUGCAGCAGUUUCUGGUGGAAUCUCAUAUUACUGCUUUUCUUCAGAGAAUUUGGUUCAUUUAGAUCAAAUUAAUGAAAAUGCAGGUCCAAAAGUUGCACUAAAUCCAGAUAAAUGGCUUGAAUUUAAGCUUCAAGACACUGCAAGUGUCAGCCACAAUACCCAAUUAUUCAGGUUUUCAUUUGAUCCUACUGCCAAGCUGGGUCUUGACAUUGCUUCAUGCAUUCUUACGAGGGCUCCAAUAGGACAAGAUGAUGAAGGAAAAAUAAAAUAUGUCAUUCGCCCGUAUACUCCUAUAUCAGAUCCAGAUUCCAAGGGUUAUUUUGAUUUAUUAAUAAAGGUGUAUCCAGAAGGGAAAAUGAGUCAGCAUUUCUCACAUUUGAAACCGGGUGACAUUAUAGAAGUGAAAGGGCCCAUUGAAAAGCUCAGGUAUACUCCAAAUAUGAAGAAACAAAUUGGCAUGAUUGCAGGUGGCACAGGCAUCACUCCAAUGCUUCAGAUCAUUGAAGCUAUACUGAAGAAUCCUGAUGACAAGACCCAAGUAUCACUCAUUUAUGCUAAUGUAUCCCCAGAUGACAUACUGCUCAAAAAGAAGCUUGACAUGCUUGCAGCUACCCACCCAAAUUUGAAGAUAUUCUACACUGUAGAUAAUCCAUCAAAUAAUUGGAGAGGAGGUACUGGAUAUGUAUCAAAGGAUAUGGUUGUGAAAGGCUUGCCAGCUCCCAGUGAUGAUUCUCUUAUCCUUGUAUGUGGUCCUCCUGGAAUGAUGAAGCAUAUAUCUGGUAAUAAGGCAAAAGAUUACUCACAAGGAGAGCUCACAGGCAUACUCAAAGAGCUUGGAUACACGGAAGACAUGGUUUACAAAUUUUGAAGUCUAGAGGCCAUUUAGAAUCUGGAGUAUUGAACUCAAAUUUUGUGUAAUAAAUUAGUUUUGAAGAAACAGCGAUUGCUGGAACCCAAAAGGGCAAUAGAUCGAGAUCAAAUAAUGAUGGAAACCUAUUUCCAACAUAAAAAUGCUACAUCUUGCAGCACC